CCUAUGUAUUUGCAGCCCGAAACCUGUCAAAUUUUCAAAAUAUGAAGUGACUUACAUUAAUUCUUUAGUUGAUUGUGUAACUAUAUUUCGAUAAAAACAUAUUCAUAUACAUUCGCUUAUAAUUAAUAGUUAUAGAACUAUUUAUGUGAUUUCUAUUUGUUUACGCCGGUGGAGGUUAUGAAAUAAAAAUAUUUUAUAAAACCUAUUGGUUAUUAUGUUUUAAGAUAUAACUACUCCAUCAAGUAUUUACAGCUACAGAAAGUUUAAUAUUCAUAAUGUCGAGAAUACUACAUAAUCGCCUCAGAUCAUCCCUAAAAAAAUCAACAGCUUGGUCAUGUUUUGACAAACGGGCUGUUGCCUUCUCAAUAUGGACUGGAAAGAGCAUGCUGUUGUAUAAACCUAUUGAUCCAAUUCAUAUUCCAAGACGGAAGUAUGGUAUGCUGAUUGCCAGAGCUGUGCGAGGAGUUCUGAAGAUCAGAUACCUUGUAUUGGGAGGGGCAGUGGGUGGAGGGAUGACAUUAAAUAAGAAAUAUUCAGAAUGGAAAGAUGGUCUUCCCGAUAUGGGCUGGUUGAAUGAUCUUCUUCCUGAUAAUGAUCAAUGGAACCGAUUUACAACGACAUUACUCGAUGCUAAAGAUCGAAUUAGUGAUCAAUUUCAAAUAGGUCGCGAGCUGACGCUGACGCUGACGCUGGCCGCAGAUCCGAGGCUGCGCGAGGCGGGCGUGGAGCGCGCGGCCGAGCUGCGGGCCUGGCUGGCGCAGCGCUACGAGGACGCGGUCGCCGCAGCUGCUGCCAACAACACCGAGCCGGCACCACAGAAGAUACAGAACAAUCUGCAGAGCAGACCUGUGCCCAGUUCCAUACCCGCGAGAGGCUCUGCUGAAGACACGGCAGCUUAUGAGAAGCGAGUGCACGCGCUGCAGGAGGAGGUGCUGGCGCUACAGGCGCGUUACCAGCGAGAGCUGCAGCGUCUGGAGCAGGAGAACAGGGAGCUGCGCCAGCAGAACAUGCUGCUGCGGCAGGGCCGCCAGCCUCCUCCCAGGAAAUUGAAGCGGUCUCUGAUAGACAUGUACUCAGCGGUGCUGGACGAGCUGUCAGGCUGGGAGUCGGGCGAGGCCGGCAGACUGCCGCGUGUCGUGGUGGUGGGAGACCAGUCUGCAGGGAAGACCUCAGUGCUGGAGAUGAUCGCGCAGGCCAGGAUAUUCCCCAGGGGCGCGGGCGAGAUGUGUACUAGAGCUCCAGUAAAAGUGACAUUGUCAGAGGGUCCGUACCACGUGGCGCAGUUCCGCGACUCCUCCAGAGAGUUUGACCUCAACAAGGAAUCAGAUCUGGCAGAUUUACGCAAGGAGGUGGAGCUGCGCAUGCGCAACAGUGUGCGCGGCGGACGCACCGUGUCCAGUGACGUGAUCGCCAUGUCGGUGCGCGGGCCCGGCCUGCCGCGCAUGGUGCUCGUCGACCUGCCCGGCGUCAUCUCUACGCAGACAGUGGACAUGGCGGCGGACACGCGGGACGCCAUCAAGCAGAUGACGAGGACCUACAUGGACAACCCCAAUGCCAUCAUACUCUGCAUACAGGAUGGAUCAGUGGACGCGGAGCGCAGCAAUGUGACGGACCUGGUGUCCUCCUGCGACCCUCAGGGCAAGAGGACCAUAUUCGUCCUCACCAAGGUCGACCUGGCUGAGGAGAACCUCGCCAACCCUAACAGAAUCCGUCGCAUCCUAGAAGGCAAGUUGUUCCCGAUGAAAGCCCUAGGUUACUACGCGGUGGUGACGGGUCGCAGCCGCAAGGACGAUUCCAUACAGAGCAUACGAGAGUACGAGGAGAGGUUCUUCCGAUCAUCCAAACUCUUCAAGGACGGCCUGGUGACACCAUCCCAGGUGACGACGCGCAACCUGUCGCUGGCGGUGGCGGAGUGCUUCUGGCGCAUGGUGAGGGCAACAGUGGAGCAGCAGGCGGACGCGUUCAAAGCUAUGCGCUUCAACCUCGAGACUGAGUGGAAGAAUACAUUCCCCAGACAGCGCGAGCUGGACCGGGACGAGCUGUUCGAGCGUGCGCGCGCCGAGCUGCUGGACCAGUCUGCGGAGGUGUCGGCGGUGGCGGCGGCCGCCUGGGAGCGCCGGCUGCAGGACGCGCUCUGGUCCGCCGCCAAGGACCGCGUCUUCGCAGGCAUAUACCUGCCCGCAGCUGCGCAGGCGCAUGACGACGUCGCGCUCCCCGUGAUGCAGGUGAAGUACAAACACAAAGCUGCCGGUGACGUCAUGCUCGCCGAAGUCGACCCGUACGAUUUCGACUUUAACAAGUUCAACACCGUGGUGGACAUAAAGUUGCGCGAGUGGGCGGAGCGCGAGCUGCCCACACAGUCAGUGUUGGCGGGGCGAGAGGCGCUGCGCGAGGAAUUCUCCGCUCUAAUGGCGCGUGCGCAGGACUCAGACCCCGUGUAUGAACCCGUCAAGAAAGAGGCGGUGGAGGAGGCCCUUAGGCGGCACACAUGGGAGGAGCGCGCGCAGGACGUGUUGCGCGUGCUGCAGCUGAACGCGCUACAAGACCGGUGCGUGGCAUCGCGCGCAGACUGGGACGCUGCUGUAUCACUCAUGGAGACAGCAUUGAAGGAGAAGCUCAGUGCUGUCGAUGAAGAAUUGAAAUCACUUACAGGACCUGGUCUCCGUGAGAAGUGGCUGUAUUGGCAGUCGACUUCAGAAGAGCAGAAGCGUCGCGGCGAGGUGCGCGCGGAGCUGGAGCGGUUGGGCUCGAGCCGGCCCACUCUAGCGCACGACGAGGUGGUCGCUGUGAGGGACAACCUGCGUCGCCGCGGUGUUGAAGUUGAUAAUGAUUAUAUACGUGAGACAUGGAAACCUGUAUAUCUAAAACAUUUCCUGGAGCGUGCGCAGACGCGAGCACGUGAUUGUAAGAAGAGCUUCUAUUUAUACAGUCAACAGAACGGCACAGGGAAGGAGUGCUGCGAGGUGGUGAUGUUCUGGCGCGUGUCGGCCACAUUGCGGACGACGGCCAAUGCGCUGCGUCAGCAGAUCGGCAACCGCGAGGCCGCCAGGCUCGACAGGGACCUCAGAGAAGUACUCGACGAGAUGGCGGGAGAUCCAGAGCUGAAGCAGAAACUGUUGUCCGGCAGACGAGUGGAGCUGGCUGAGGAACUCAAGCGAGUGAGACAGGUGCAGGAGAAGUUAGAAGAAUUCAUCGAGGCUCUGAACAAAGAGAAGUAGUCACUUGUAUAUAUGUAGUUGUAUGAUGUAUUGAUGACCUGCGCGAUACAAACACCUCUCCUCUCAUACACUCUCUCACACACACACAUACAUACAUACAGUUUAACGUAGAAUUCCACUGAUGUGAACAUUUAUUACAAGGUACCUCAUUGUAUAGUCAUCUCUGUUUUGUUAAACAGAGUGAAAGAGAUGACUAUAUGUAUAUAAGUGUCAGUACAAUGAAGUUCUGUAUUGAGAUGUUUUCUACUAAAAUAAAUUAUUUCUAUAUAUUUUAUAUAUAAAAUGAUUACAUAGAUUUCUAAUUAAAUUGUACCA